AUGUUGGUGUUCCUGGUUUUGGUGACUGUGGCCCUGGCAUCUGCUCAUAAUUCUGAUGAGCAUUUUGAAGGUGAGAAGGUGUUCCGUGUCUUUGUUAAAAAUGAAAAUGAUAUCAACUUAAUCCAUGAACUGGACAGCACCACCCAGAUUGACUUUUGGAAACCAGAUUCAGCCACACUAAUCAAAUCUCACAGUACAGUUGACUUCCGUGUGAAAGCAGAAGAUACUGUCAGUGUGGAGGACUUUCUGGAGCAGAACGAACUACAAUACAAGGUACUGAUGAGCAACCUGAGAUCCACGCUGGAGGCUCAGUUUGACAGCCGGGUCCGUGCAACUGGACACAGUUAUGAGAAGUACAACAACUGGGAAUCGAUAGAGGCUUGGACUGAACAAGUCGCCACUGAAAAUCCAGACCUCAUCUCUCGCAGUGUCUUAGGAACUACCUUUGAAGGACGCACUAUCUACCUCCUCAAGGUUGGCAAAGCUGGAUCAAAUAAGCCUGCUAUUUUCAUGGACUGUGGCUUCCACGCCAGAGAGUGGAUUUCUCCUGCAUUUUGCCAGUGGUUUGUGAAAGAGGCUGUCCGCACCUAUGGACUUGACAGCCACACAACAGAUCUUCUCGACAAGUUAGACUUUUAUGUCGUGCCUGUACUCAAUAUUGAUGGCUACAUCUACACCUGGACCAAGAACCGAAUGUGGAGAAAGACCCGCUCCACCCAGGCCGGAACUUCCUGCAGAGGCACAGACCUUAACAGAAAUUUUGAUGCCGGUUGGUGCCAAAUCGGAGCCUCUCAAAGUCCCUGCGACGACACUUACUGUGGACGCACUGCAGAAUCUGAAAAGGAGACCAAGGCCCUUGCUGAUUUUAUCCGCGACAACCUCUCUUCCAUCAAGGCAUACUUGACAAUCCAUUCAUACUCCCAGAUGCUAAUCUACCCUUACUCCUAUGACUACAAACUCCCUGAGAAUGAUGCUGAGCUGAGCGCCCUGGCUAAAGCUGCUGCGGAAGAACUGGCCUCACUGUACGGCACCGAGUACACGUACGGCCCAGGAGCUACGACAAUCUAUCCUGCUGCUGGAGGCUCUGACGACUGGGCUUACGACCAAGGAAUCAAAUAUUCCUUCACCUUUGAGCUCCGGGAUACAGGCAAUUACGGCUUUCUCCUCCCAGAAUCCCAGAUCAAGGCAACCUGUGAGGAGACGUUGCUUGCAAUCAAGUACAUUACCAACUAUGUCCUGGAACAUCUCUACUAG